UGCGGGCGGCGGGAGCGCAUGGCAGGUGGCGGGAAGCGGAGGCCGCGCGGCGCGGCGGGAGCGGCCGGAGAGCAGAGUGAAAAAAAUGGAGCUGUCAAGAAGAGAAGAUCAAACCAGGCAGAUAUUCCUGAUAGUCUUUGCCAAGAAGCAGAAACAUGCUAUCAGCUUAGACUGCCUGAGGACUUCUACCAGUUUUGGAAGUUUUGUGAGGAGCUAGAUCCUGAGAAACCAAGUGAUGCACUUGUGUCAAGUGUUGGACUUAAGCUGGUUGGACCGUAUGAUAUUCUUGCUGGAAAACACAAAAAAGCAAAAUCAACAGAUGUGAACUUCAAUCUUCAUUGGAGAUUCUUCUAUGAUCCCCCAGAAUUUCAGACUAUACUUGUUGGGGAUAGCAGAACACAGUACCACAUGGGAUAUUUCAGGGAUGUGCCAGAUGAGCUGCCAGUGUGGGUUGGUGCAAAUGAAGCAAAGAAGGGUUGUGUGAUUUCACAAGUUGGUGAUAAUGUCUUUGCUGCAGUCAAAUUAUUUUUGUCAAAAAAACUUAAGGAAGUGGCUGAUAAAAAGAAAAAUGCUGUUUUGAGAGACAUAGAUGAAAAGCUAACAAGAACAGCAAAAGAACUGGGUUAUUCCCUGGAACAAAAAACCCUGAAGAUGAAACAGAGAGAUAAGAAAGUGGUGACCAAAGCAUUUCAUGGAGCAGGCCUAGUUGUUCCUGUAGACAAAAAUGAUGUUGGAUACAGAGAACUUCCUGAAACAAAUGCUAAUCUUAAAAAAAUUUGCAAGGCCAUUGUUGAUGCUCCAACUGAUGAGGAGAGAGUGAAGGCCUUUGCACCCAUUCAGGAAAUGCUGACCUUUGUUCAGUUUGCUAAUGAUGAAUGUGAUUAUGGAAUGGGGUAUGAGCUGGGCAUGGACCUGUUUUGCUAUGGAUCACAUUACUUCCACAAGACGGUGGGCCAGCUGCUGCCCCUGGCUUACACCCUGCUGAAGAGGAGCCUCUUUGCCGAAAUCAUCGAGCAGCACCUGGGCAGCCGGCGGGAGGAGGACCUGGAUCAGCUGGAGCCCUGAGCCGUGCGCGGGGGCUGCAGCUGGGGGCGGCCCUGUGCGCCCGGGGCCGGGCUUGUCCGUGUGUCUGUGGGGCUUUUUGUACUCGGUGGCGGUGUUCCCUCGCUCAGUAAAGGUUUUCUAAGGAACGCGCUGCUUCCCGCUGCUGGCUGCACGGCGGGCCCGGGACGGGAGUGGGGCUGAGGAGC